ACUCACUCUUUUCUCUAAACUUCCUUCCACCGAGGGUUCAAAAAAAAAAAAAGAAAGAAAAGAGUGAAAAUUAAACCACAACUUGAUGCUGAAAAGAGAAAUUGCACAACAAGACACAGCUAUGGCAGAAGGCAAGACAGGAGGUGCUGGGCUGUUUGCAAAACGGGUCCAGAAACAAUUCAGCCGAGCUCAAGAGAAGGUUUUGCAGAAAUUGGGGAAAACUGUGGAAACAAAAGAUGAACAGUUUGAACAAAGUGCAUACAACUUCCAGCAGCAGCAGGUUGAAGGUCACAAGCUCUAUAAGGAACUUAAGGUUUUCCUCAAUGCUGUCAAAGUGAUGCACGAAAGCUCAAAGAAAGUGUCUGAAACUCUACAAGAAAUUUACAGUGAGGACUGGGAAGGGUAUGAAGACUUGAGAGCUAUAGUGCAGAGCAAUGACCUUGUAUGGGAAGACUAUGAGGAGAAACUGGCUGACCAGGCAGUCAGGACCAUGGAGAAUUACUUGACUCAGUUCAGUGAUAUUAAGGAAAGAAUAGCUAAGAGGGGACGGAAACUUGUGGAUUAUGAUAGCAGUAGGCAUCACUUGGAAGCCCUCCAGAAUGCCAAGAAGAAGGAUGAAGCUAAAAUUGCAAAGGCUGAAGAGGAGUUCUACAAAGCUCAAGCUGUAUUUGAGGAGCUUAACAAAGAGCUACGAGAGGAGCUGCCGGUCAUUUACAACAGCCGAAUUGCAUGCUACGUGACAAUAUUCCAGAAUAUUUCCAAUCUGAGAGAUAUUUUCUACAAAGAAAUGAGCAAGCUGAACCAUGACCUAUAUGAUGUGAUGAGUAAACUGGAAAAGCAACACUCUAAUAAAGUCUUCAUUAUUAAAGGGGUAUCAAGUAACAGAGGCUCAUUGGUCAUCUCAUCUCCAGUAAGUCCAACCAGCCCCACUUCCAUUCCUGUGGGGAACAGCAUAAGGGAGACAGUGACAUCUCCCCCUGCCAGUACCCCAAACCAAAAGAGAGAAUCUGUUCCAGAAACUGAGGAAGUAGCCUCCAUGUCCAGUGGUGCCAGUGGAACAGAGGAAGAGGUCUCUGCAUCUUUGGCAUCUGAGUUGCAAAAUGAGGCUGUGGAAGUGGCUGGGUCAGAUACUUCAAUAGUCAGUGAUCCCAAAGAUGACAGCCAGGUGAUGGAACUGGAGACAUCUACCCAUGUUUCCCAAGGUGCCUCCCAGAAAGUUGAGGAAGUUGCAAAUGAUAUAGCCAGAAGGAUCUUAUCAAAUGCAGUGCUUGAGGCUGCUGGUAAAGGCGAAAAUGUUUGCAGAGACUCAGAAGACUCUGAACAGCCACUUUUGGUUAAUGACUUUGAAACCAGUGUUACCUGUGAGAAAGAUGGAGGUUCUCUACCCCAGCAGGAGGAUGAAGUUCCAUCUCUGCUGAAACAGGAAGACAAGACCUUCAAAAAUGCCCAGGAUGAAGCCCAAGUUGAGGAAUCAGAUACUCAGGGGGAUAGUUUGGUGUCCAGCGAGAGUUCAGUUUCUCCUGAAGGCAAUCCCCAAAAUUUUCCAUCUCCCCAAGAUGAGAAGGUCAAAGGAGAAGCACCCAGUACCAUCAUUACUUCAUUACCAUACAGAUGCAUUACUCAUGCUGUACCAGAAACGGAGGACAACCAACAGCAUCAGCCAGGAACAGGAGAAGAAAGUGAUCAGGAGGACUGCAAGGAUGCUGAAGCUAAUGAUAGCAGUGAUGGAAGCAUGGAAGAAACAGAGGUUUCCCCAAAAGUCACUAAUAUGCAGACCAUCUCUAGCUUCUUCUCAGAUGAUAAAAAGGAGGAUUACAACAAACUGCCCCUGGGCUUCCUGUUCAAGGCUCAGGCAAUUCAAGCUUAUGCUUCAGAGGAUGAGAACCACCUACAGUUUGGAGAAGGGGAGACCAUACUAGUGCUCUCAGAUGUCCAUGCUGAGGAAAAAGGAUUCCUGAUAGGGAUAAAGGAAAGUGACUGGAUGGAAAACCAGAAUAUGCUUCAGAAAGGAAUUUUCUCCUCAAGCUACAUCAAAUCUCUCACCUUGGAAUAAUCUCAAAAGCUGAUGUGGAAGAAAAGGGAAGAAUUCAAUAGACAUCUCACAAUAGCUCAACAAUAAUCUUGCCUAAAUACUGAUUUUCCAAAGCUCCUUAUUAAUACUCUUCUUCCUGACCCAUGUACCCUCUUGUCAAUGUGAUUCUAUGUAGUUUGCAGUAUGUCUGGUGUCUGUAUCUCUGGAUGAUUUGGAUGUCAGCAACGAGAAGCCCCGGGGGAAAAUUCAGCAUGCCCAUAGUCCCAAAUUACUUUGGGAGGCUGGUAUUGUCACCCACUGUGAUUCUGUAGUGUAAGGGUUCUAGUUUGUUUGAUAUUAUGCUCUUCUUGACAUAAAGAGCAAUGUCCAAUACAGCCUUCCAUGUUGUUUGUAUCCAGAGAUAGCUAUAUCCCAUUGCUUCUCUCCAUUCCACGAAAUGUCUUUAUGACCACUAUAUCUGUGUUUACCUCAGACUCAAGCACCCCAAUUUUCAGUUGUCUCUGGUGCACACCUUUUCUGCUUAGGCCCUUUGUUGACAUGUUCUGAAACAUCCUUACAACCUGUUUCCAUGCCUUCUCCUUUUGGAAACAUUUUCACUUUCAUCCCUUGAGGAUGAUUCAGCCCAAACUAGAGACUUCCCUGUUCCUGUUGGCUUUUUCCCAGGAACAUGCUCUCUCUGCCUGCCCUUCCCUGACCAAAAUGCUCAAACUGAUCUUGAGACAGAGAACAAAAUCAGUGAGACAUUUAACGAAGAAAAUAUUAUUUUUGAAAAGGUGACUUGAACUACCCUCACACUGACUGAAUAAAUGUCUAUUCUGGUCAUAACAAAGAAGUAAGAUUUCUAGAUGUCUUAAAUGACUUUGCAUAAAAUAGCUGACCACAGAACUGAUCACAGAGGUGACUCUGGAUUCAGUCCUAAAUGAUAUAGCCCAGAACCUAGUACAGUUGGCCCUCCCAAUCCAUGGAUUCUGCAUCCACGGAUUCAACCAUUCAUGGCUUUAAAAUAGUAUUUUUUUAAAAUCCCAAAGGCAAACCUUGAUUUAGUCAUUUCAUAUAAGG